GACAAGGCCCAGGGCAGGUGGAGGAGGGAGGGAGGGCCUCCUCCUCAGGCGGAACCGGGAAGCCUGAGUCCGAGAAGUUUCUCCUUCUUCUUCCUUGUCCAGAGAGACUGACCCAGACUGGCUCCAGGGAAGGAAGAGGAUGAGGGCCGGCUGCAACAAUUUUAUAAAGUUGGGAGGGUUUAUCUUUGCAUCUGUCUUUGCCUGGUACCUGGGUUCCCUGUUGGCAUAUAUGAUACCUGAAGAUUCACUGAUAUCAACUUACGACAAUCUUCAGAACUUUGCCAGUAAACCAAAAAUUGUGGUGCCACCUCCUAAAAGACAGAAAUGUGACCACUGGUCUCCAUGUCUGCCUGGAAGCUAUGCUUAUCGCAUACUCAGUGGUGGGGGCAAAGAGAAGUUUGCUAAAAUUUGUUUUGAGGAUGAACUACUCAUAAGUGAAGAAAAGGGGAAUGUUGGAAGAGGAAUAAAUAUUGCAGUUGUAAACUAUGAUACUGGAAAAGUUAUUGCUACAAAAUAUUUUGACAUGUGGGAAGGAGAAUUCUCUAGACCAAUGACUGAUUUCAUCAGAAAGGCCCCCCCAAGAUCACUGCUCCUCAUGGUAACCCAUGAUGAUGGAAGUAACAGGUUAAAGGAGGAUGGGAAGCAAGCAAUUGCUGAACUAGGAAGUAAAGAAAUACGAAAUUUGAAAUUCAGAUCAAGCUGGGUCUUCAUAGCAGGAAAAGGUUUUAAGCUGCCAGAAGAUAUUGAAAAGGAAAAGAUCAACCAUUCUGACAAAGAUAAGAACCGAUACGAUGGCUGGCCAGCUGAAAUCCAGAUAGAAGGUUGUAUUGCAAAGAACCUGACAAGCUGAAUUCUCAAAUAAUACCUGUAAAAUAGUACAUUUUGUGCCUACCACAUAUCUUGUAAGGAACCGUUUGCCAUAGGUUUCCAAUGGUAUAAAGAUAUGAAUGAAAAUGUUCAUAAUUUUCCAUUAGACAAAACUAGUUUGAAUUAUUGAGUUCAGUGACACCAUUGUUCUUAUUCUCCUUUUUGAGACACAAAUAAUUAGAGACCUUAUUUCUAUUUAUCUUUCAUACUGUGUCCUAUGAAGAACUAAUUUGUUUUACUGUCCCAGAUUUUUUUUGCAAUCUGUAAAAUUCCAUAUGUACUGUAUAUGUUUAUAUAUUGGCAACUUGGUUUUUAUAUAGCUUUAUAACCACAUCUGGCAACCAAAGAUCGGAUUAUCACUGUAGCUUGUAAAAUAAUUCCUUGCUUAUGUCUCCCACCACCCUUUACUUGAAACACUUUAAAGCCUAAUCUAGUCGUGAAGCAAAUGUUUCAUGCUCCACAGUUUAUACUUGAAUGUUUUACAUAUUUAUUUUUUAAAAUUACCUUUGAAACAAUAAAAAGAUUUCAUUUUUAAACUCCA